GAGACUAUUGCUCAGCUUGUCUACCUUGUUAUUCCCGUGCAGCUACAGCAUGCAUGUCUGCCUAUCUGUUGAUUUGUGGCUUCGUGUCUGAAUGCACGUCACAUUUUGAUCUGCCUCUCAUCUCAUCCAGCACCAAACCCAGAGGAAGCAGCAGCCAGCCUUCAUUCUGGCAGGAAAGGCCCCAGUCGAGUCCAGCAGGGGGGAUGGAGGAGGCGGGGAGGCCGGAUCCCUCAGCCCCAGCCCUGCCGCUCUGCCUCUGACCCAGGCUGAGAGCCCCGGUCCCUGGCAGAGCGAGAGCCUGCUGGCAGAGUCCUGGUCCACGAUGGGGGACGUGGACCCCGAGGACACCAAGAGCCUCGAUAGCAGCGAUGGGGCGGUUCUGGCCGGAGAGGAGAACCACUCCUCCAACUCCGACAUGGUUCACCUGGAGCGAGAGGAGGCCGAGAUGCUCGAGGAGGCGGAGAAGGAGGCCACAGGGGAGGAGAGGGGGAGGAGAACAGAGGAAGAGGAGGAAGACGAAGAGGAGCUGCAGACGAGUGUGUUGAGCGUGUUGGGUGGGGAGAGGGAGCUGGUGGAGCUCAGAGAGGAGGAGCAGGACCUCCAGGCUCCAGAAACUGAGGAGCUCCUGGUGUCAGCUGAGGAGCCUCAUGUGGAGAGGGAGCCGGCAGAGUUCAGGCACGUGGUUCCUCCGAUGGCUUUGCCUCCUCUCCCCAUCGUCAGGCUCGACCCUCCCUCCACUACGUCCACCCCGGUCCCUUCAACCACAACGUCUGAAGUAGAGGAGCUUUAUUCCACUCAGGGCCUCCACCCUCCUUCUAUCCUCGCUCCCAUAGCAGCAGAACCUCCAGCAGCGAGUCCGGAGCAACUAAAAUUCUCACAGGUUCCCCUCUCCGAUGUAGACGAACAUUCAGUUAAAGAGUCUGAGGCGGCACCAGAGAAGCAGAAGACCAAACCUCUGAGCUCCACCGAGCUGCUGUGUGGAGGCGCUGCUUUGGUAGCUGUUGUGGGAGUCGUGGCAUACGGAGCUGUGGCCUACUGUAGAAAAUAGAAAGCCUUUCUUUGAAUCCCCAGACAAGCUUUCAGAACAGGUCUUUUCUGCUUUUAAAUCUAUUCCACUUAUAUAUUCAAAUAUUCCACUUCACUCUCUGAAUUCUGGAUCUGACACUCUUUCCAUGGCAGUUUCUCUUAGAUGCAUUAAUUCGAUUUUUUUUAAUUCGCUUCGUGCUACCUCAGCUCACAGCAGAGCCCAUGGCCUUUGUUUUUGUGUUUCAUCUCUGAGGUAAUUUAGCCAGUGAAAUGUAAACCUGAAAUGUAAAAAUCACUUACGGUACCAUUUCAAAAAAAACAAAAAAGAAAAAGAAAAUCCUGA